AUGGUCAUUAGGAGUUACAGCAAAAACAUUCGUUCGCGACAAUCAUCGCCACUUCCAUCGUCAAGAUUACUAAAAUGUUCUGGUAGCCAAGAUAGUUUUUUCACCGUGGAUCCAUAUUGUAACAGCGGAGGAAUAAAUAGUGGUGGACAAUGGCCAAUUCCCAAUUGUGGUGGUUCGAUGUGUCAUCAUGGACCAGGCUCAUGUCCUCAACACUCAAUGGGCCCAAUGCCCCAAUCACACAUGCCAAUGUUAGCACAUGGACCAUCAAUGACAUCGCUGCAUGGUCCAUUGCCACCACCUCCUUUAUGUAAUCCAUGCAGUCAACAACCGAAUAAUUUCAACUCAGUGCCAUUACCAGGGCCAUCGAGAUGGGGCCCGAGAACUUCGUGUCCUGUACAUAGUCCCUUUAGAGCUAGAAUACCGAAUGGAACGAUUUGUUCUGGACAUCAGUAUGAAUAUGAAUGGGAGAUACUUGAUACUAAGGAUUUUGAGACAUUGAAUUUGUUAGGUGUUUUUGUGGGUUGGGUUGAGGGAAUGUUAUUUUAUAAUAAUUGUGAAGCUUUAAAAUUAAUUGAGUAA